AGUGGUGAACUCCGGAGGUUAAGAUUACUCAUGAAGAAAUGCUAUCAAAGCUUCCAGUGGUAAUCUGAUCAUAGACUAAUGAAAAUUUGCAAGUAUGGGGUUAGUCCUUCAAGCCCAUGCAGCAAUCUUUAUCUUGGGCAACCUGGUGGCUUCUCAACCACUUGCACAAAGGUUGAAAGAAACCAUCAAAAUCACAGCAGUCAAUUUCAAUGGUGAACAGAUGCAGAUCACAUGGGCAGCUAAAGACUAUUUCCCUGACAGGACUGUGACUUUUUUUUACAGAUUUGGCACAGCUCUUCAAAACAGAGCUUGGAAGCAAUGCCCCAACUAUAUACUUGAGCAAGGUUACAAUUCUGGCUGUCUCUUUAAGACAGAGGGACCCACUCUUACCAUCUCUUUAAAGGAUAAGAAUGGAAGUGAAGAGCUUUUCAAUUAUACGCUAAAAUCUGAUUUCUUUAUAAAACCCAAUCCGCCUGAAAAUGCAACCUUCCAUUGGAAAGGAGAUACAGUUACUAUAGAAUGUAAUAAACCAAAGACGCCAGCAAGGUGCUUAGAGCUUGAACUUCAGUAUAAAAGCAAGUAUGACAAAGAAUGGCAGUCUAGAAAAUCUGCAUGUUGCAAAGUUGAAGAGCAAGGGUUUGAUCCUGAAAAGUGCUACUCCUUCCGGGUCAGAUUGGAAAGAACAUCUGUUUGCAAUAGAAUUCCUUAUGCCAGUGAAUGGGCAGAGGUAACAGUUUGGAGAAAUGGCAGCUUACUAGAUUCAUGUGCUGAUGAUAUAAAGCCUCUGUCAGACAAUGUGAUCCUUUUAAUUUCUGUGCUGGCAGUCCUUCUAGUAAUAUUCCUCCUUCAGAUUUUUGUGUGCAAAUGCCAAAGAUUUCAGAAGUCAGUCAUGCCUGUUAUACCAGACCCAAAGCAUAUAUUUUCUGAUCUCUUUAAUGAUCAUAAUGGAAACUUCCAGGAAUGGAUUGACAAAACUGAAAAUGCAAUGGGCCAAACCAAGAUGGAAUGUGUAGAACAUGAGUGCAUCAUUGAGGAGAGAACUGAGCAGGAAAAUGAGAAGGAAGCUAGUGAAAAGCUUUGUGAAUUGUCAAACAUGAAUGAAAGAGAUUAUCUGAGUUCUGCUCAUAACACUUGUCUGCCACCACCAGCCAGUGAUACAGUUUCUUUCAGGAGUUUUAAGUUUUGUAUGAAUGAAGACAUGUAUGUCAUCUUAUGAAACUAUAUAAUGCAGUAGGAACAUAUGGUGUCCGGAAAAGGCACACAGGAUCCUGAUGAGUUUAAAGGAGCAUCUAAGUACAGUAAAAAGUUAGGAUCAGGCUUGCCUAGCAUAACAUAGAAAGCUAUCCAAUCUGGAUCUGGAUUGCAACUUUCCCAGAAUUUAGCGACAACCUAUGCAGGCCCAUUAGAGAAACAAGAGGGCAUGGCAAUUCAGUUGUAUUUGGUUUAGAGGCUCUAGUUUGGGCCCAUCUCUAUGGCUAAACCGAGCCCUGUCCUGCAUGGUGAGCGUUCAAAGAGCCCUGCUCACUCACUGCACACCUUUUAAGAGCUGGGCACAAACACAGUCCUUGAUCUGAGGGAGUGCACGUACUAUGUGCAGUUAAUGAAAACAAUAGCACUAGCCUCCCCAAGUGGGCAGAAAAUGUAAUAGUUAGGGCAGCGCCAUCGACCUGUCUUCUCCUUCUCACCCGGUAGCAGAAGAUGGUGGAAUACAUGUGACACCUUUCCAAAGGGGAUGGCAGGAGCUGUGCACUCUCUGCUCUCCAGAAGUCAUCCUUCCUGCCACAAGCGCAAUGCUUCUAGCAGCUCUCAUGGGUGGGUAAACAUUUGCACUGCACCUAAUGGAGCUAGGAUCUGAAAAAAACAUAAUCUGUCCCCAGGAAUAUGAUAGUGAGGAUGUACAGAAUCACACUGGGUCCUGAUCCUGCAAUGAGCUCUGUUUGGGCAGCCCUUUCAAAUGUAGUAGGGGGUCCAUGCAGGCACAGAAGUCUGUGCAUGUGGACCUUAUUGCAAGAUCAGGCUCAUGGCAUCUAGUCAUGUCCAUGUCCUUAAGGUUUUCUCUUCAUAUAGUAGACACAUUCUUGUAGACAAAUGGGAUAAUUCACCCUUAAUGCUGGAUUGCUUUGACUGAGAAAGUCUCAUCUUUGCUCGAUAUUUUAAAUCUUCUUUUAGCAUGUUCAGCAACUGUACAUUUUAUUAAUGACUUGCUGUUCAUAUAUCAGCCUUUUAUUGUAUGUGUUCCAACUUCAGCUAAAAUAUGUCAUAUUUUGUUCUCUGACCUCAUUUCGUUAGAUAGCAGACUCGGGAAAACCCACUUGAUUCAUCCAAACUGUGUUUUUUAUAUCUUCCUACAUCAUUUAAUGUGCAUGCUUCUUGAAAGCAAACAUUGUAGUCAAACAUCUAGGAUGAAAUUCAUCCCUGGCAUAAGUCGAUUUAAGGCAAAGUAGGUACACCAAGGAUUAAUAUGUCGGUCUAGCGUCUCAGUUAGUGUAAGUUGACAUUACUGUAUGGAAAUGGAGCUAGUCAGAAAAAGCACUGAUGAAGUCAUUUUCUGUGAGACAGUGAAGUGCCUUUGAAAUAGAAAUGCUUUAUGAACUAAUGUUGAUUUUACUGAAAUUUCAUUGUGGAGAAAAAUAAAAAAUAAAAACAAACGAAGAAAAAGAAAAAGAAAAAGAAAAAGAAAAAGA